ACCUCCCUUCUUUUGCUUCUGACGAGAUUGCUACAUUCUGUCCUUCUAAACAAACCCAUCCUAUCCGCUAUCUACCAUCAUAAUGCCCGAACUCCCUCAGGUCCACCCCGAAGUCACAUGGGCUCAGCGCUCUUCGGAUAGCGACCCCGAGCGCAACUACCUCUAUGUUAGCAUCAAGGCUGCUGAUGUUGCCCGUUCUGACGCCACCCUCGACAUCAAGCCUACCAACGUUACUUUUACAGGCAACUCCAAGAAGGGCGUAAAAUACCACGUCUCUCUCGACCUGUUCGCCGAGAUCGACCCCGAGAACAGCAAGGUCAACCACAGUGACCGUGAGGUCGAGCUGGUGCUGCGCAAGAAGGAGCUCAAGGAAGAAUACUGGCCGCGUCUGCUGAAGACCACCCAGAAGAUCCACUUCCUGAAGACCAACUUCGACAAGUGGGUUGAUGAGGAUGAGCAAGACGAGGUGAACGAGGACGACUACGCAAACAACUUCGGAGGCUUCGAAGGUCUUGGAGGCGAGGGUGGUCUCUCCAACAUUGACUUCUCCAAGCUUGGUGCCGGUCUCGGCGGUGAUGCCGGUGUUCCUGGAGAGGAAGAAGAGGAAGAGGAGAUGCCCGAGCUGGAGGAGGGCGAGGCCGAGGCUGCCAAGUCUUCUAAGAUCCAGGAGGUUUCUUAAAUGCCAUGCCCUUCUACUGAGAUAGGCAACGACUACUACGCAAGCAAGUAAUCAAAAAAAAGCAAACAACGGCGAGCGACGAAUGCUGUAACUUUUGAGCUUUUCUUUUACCUAUAUUAUACCGCUGAUGACCACGGUUCAUGGUUUGGAGCUACCUGGCGCACUUGGACAGGUUUGUGGCCUGCCUCGAGAGGCGAAGGGAAACGGAAAAGGAAUUUUGAACUAUUUCCUUUCAUUGGUAUUGAAAUGACGAGAUGACUAGCAAGAAUAUUUCUCUCACAAUGCCCAUUCCUGGACUGCGAUCCAGGCGUAGAGAAG